AUGCCCGAAAUUAUAAACCUCCUAUCCUCCGAUCCUCCUACCCCACCAAAGCACCAGCCGCCAAAGCCGCGACAGCCAGCUGAACCCCCAUCGCGACGUCCAUCCCACCAACUCAAUGCGAUUUCGUCAGACCCGUUCGAUACGUCCCUAUUUGACUUGGAAGAUGUCUUCGACAAGCCCGCUAAGAAACGGCGAGUGAGCGACGAAGACACUUCAUCUCUGCGACAAAGCAACACGCCAAACGAACCUCGAGCUCCAGCUUCUGCGGCGGAGCCUUGGUUCUCGAUCUCCGACGAUGAUUUUGACUUACCGCCAGUAAAUGCGGCGACACAGAAGAAACAAUCCCAGUCGCGUGUUGAAGAGUCGGAUCCAAUUGUCUUUACCUCUUCAGCCCCAGCUCCUUUGCCAAAGCCCCCGCCGCAGAGAUCGCAGCUUUCAACCCGGGAUAUUAUUGCGCUUGAUGACGAUGACGUAUUGACGGACCCUAUGCCUCCGCCCUCGAGUUUCCGACGGCGUAGUGAAAUUGAUGAAUUCAGCGAUCCGUUUGCUCUGCCGGAGUUUUCUGAUCUACUGAAGAAACCGACUUCCUCGAAUCCUAUCUUCUCCGAGUCAACUGCUCGCCUAUUGUCUCGCCUUAGCGAAGAACGUAAUUCAGGCCCCAAAGAAAAGCCUGGCAGUAGAAAACAGAAAGGCACUAACUUGAAAUCUACGGCUGCGGAGGUCCUUCCCGACGACGAUGACAUUGAUGAACCAGCAGCACCCCGGAAGACAGCAAAGAAGACAAGCAAGGUUACUGGCGCCGACAAGGAAGCCAAAGCCAAAGCACGCGAAGAGACAAAGCUACAGCGAGAGCGAGAACGCCAGCUCGAGAAAGAGCGCAAGCUAAAGCUCAAAGAAGAGAAAGCAAAAGAGAAACAACGGGCCGCCGAUAUCGCGAGCGUCAACAAGCUGAAAGUAAACAAAAAGGAGUCAACCCCAGAGAUGAUCAUCGACAUGGCCACAUCUUUCGAGGACAGCAGCGUCGGCACUCAAACCAUCGAAUUUAUGAAACGACUCGGCGUCCAACAUACAUUCUUCACAAGCCCAAUUCCCAACGUAGUAAAAUGGCGUCGCAAAAUGAACGCUACGUACAACAGAACCCUACGCCACUGGGAACCCUGUCCACCCUUCAUCCAAAAAGAAGACCACGUGCUGUGUCUGUUACCCGCGCAAGAGUUCAUCAACAUGGUAACCCCACCACCGGACGACUCAGAAAGAGAAACCCUAGAAAUCCACGUCCUCCGAAUAAAAAGCGCCUACCCUGACUGCAAACCCAUCUACCUAAUCGAAGGCCUGACUGCUCUAAUGCGCAAAAACACAAACGCACGAAACAGAGCCUUCCAAGCCGAAGUCCUGCGCCAACUCGCCGAAACAACUGCACCAGAACCAGAGGAACAAACCACAGCCCGCAGAGCGCGAAAACCAAAGAAAACUCCCGAGGCGACGACCCUCGUCGACGACGAGACUGUCGAAGACGCUCUUCUCCAACUGCAGGUCACGCACUCGUGUCUCAUUCACCACACGACCGCGCCAGCCGACUCCGCAGAGUGGAUUAAGAAUUUCACCGAGCAUAUAUCGACAGUCCCGUACCGCCGAGAACGGCAGGAAGCACACAAUGCUGCUUUCUGUAUGGAUACGGGGCAGGUGAAGACGGGCGUCGAUAAGCAGGAUACUUUUAUCAAGAUGAUUCAGGAGGUCAAUCGCGUGACGGCUUCUAUGGCUUAUGGGAUUGCAGGGCAGUAUCCGUGUGUUGCGGACUUGACUCGUGCAAUGCGGAUGAAUGGUCCUAUGAUGUUGGAGGAUAUUAAGAAAUCCGCGAACAAAAACGGUUCUUUGACAAAUGCCCGCAUUGGACCCGCUGCAAGUAAGCGGCUGUACAAAGUGUUCACUGGACUUGAUCCGAGUUCAACGGACAUUUAG